AUGUUGUUGCAGGAAAGAGGAAUCAACAUGCUUUUUGUGCUGGGUGGGAACGGAACUCAUGCUGGGGCAAAUGUAAUUCACAAAGAGUGCUAUAGAAGAGGGGUAAAGGUGGCUGUUGUUGGGGUCCCCAAAACUAUAGACAAUGAUAUUUUGCUGAUGGACAAAACUUUUGGGUUUGACACUGCUGUUGAGGAAGCACAACGAGCCAUUAAUUCAGCUUACAUCGAGGCACAUAGUGCAUACCAUGGUAUAGGAAUUGUAAAGUUGAUGGGUCGUAGCAGUGGAUUUAUUGCUAUGCAUGCAUCCCUGGCUAGUGGACAAAUCGAUAUAUGCUUGAUACCAGAGGUACCUUUCCAUUUACAUGGUCCUCAUGGUGUUUUGCGGCAUCUGAAAUACCUCAUUGAGACAAAAGGAUCAGCAGUGGUCUGUGUUGCUGAGGGAGCAGGGUAGGUUAGUCACA